CUGCCUGUACCGCAGCAGGUCGACCGGCUGUCAAAAUUGUUUGUUGUUGUUUUGAUUCACGCACGGGCGGUGGAAGUGUUUGUUGUUUUUAAUUACGAGAAAUAAAUUUAUCCGCGCAGAAAAUGUCGUUUUUGAUCCGGAAAACGGUCAAUCGUGGGGUUUUCUGCUUGUUGAGAAGUUGUUUUCCAUCGACAUCCUACUGUCGUUUGGAACAGUCGAUGGGAGGUUUGAAAUUGCAGCGCAGUUUCGCUUGUUUUGGUUCGGCUUCCACCGAAGUCACGUUACACAAUCAGCUGGCGAAUCUGCAGCUGAUUCGUUGGAAGUCGAAGAAAGCAAACCGGAAGGAACAGGGACGGCAGCAAGAAGAGGAGGAAGACGAUGAGGAGGACGAUGAAAAGUUGGACGAGUUUGACGAAUUGGCCGCGGAUAAGCACGUUCGACUGGUGAAGACAAGUGUCAACUCCAUGAGGGCGGAUCUGCUUCUGAAAGCGGGAUUGGGAAUCGCCAGGAACAAAGUGGAAGCCCUCUUCUACGAGAGCAAAAUCCGCGUCAACGGCAAAAAGCUGCUCAAAAAAAGCGCCCACCUGGACGUGGGCGACGAAAUCGACGUUGUCCGUGGCAUCAGCCCGACCAACCCGGACCACCUGCUAGUUUCGCGGGUGGAAAUCCUGUCCGCGAACCCCAAGAGCGAAACCAUCGGCGUAACGCUUCGCCGCCAGAAGACACUCGUCAUCGAGGACUACGAGACGGAUGCGGUCAUCGAUAAAUAAAGCCAUACGCCAGUCCUCUUAUUUAAAUAGAAUAUAUUAUUCUUUCUUCAUUCUGUUCUCGACACUGACUGUAAUAUACUUUCACUAUAGAUAGAAGAUUUAAGCGUGUGUUGUAAAAUA